CAGGAGCUCUUCGCCGUCAUCUCCGCCGCCGACACAUCAUUCGAACCUUCUGUUGCUCUGGCAAGUCUCGUGCAGCACAUACCAUUACAGAUGAUUACAGUACUCAUCAGGAGCCUUACUACAGAUCCAAAUGUGAAAGAUGCAAGUAUGACUCAAGCUCUGUGCAGAAUGAUUGACUGGUUGUCCUGGCCUUUGGCUCAGCAUGUGGAAACAUGGGUGAUUGCACUGCUGAAAGGACUGGCUGCAGUUCAGAAAUUUACCAUCCUCAUUGAUGUCACUCUGCUUAAGAUUGAAUUGGUCUUUAAUCGACUUUGGUUUCCUCUAGUGAGGCCUGGUGCCCUUGCUGUCCUUUCCCACAUGUUACUUAGUUUUCAGCAUUCUCCAGAAGCUUUUCAUUUGAUUGUCCCACAUGUGGUCAACUUGGUUCACUCCUUCAAAAGAGAUGGCUUACCUUCCAGUACAGCCUUUCUGAUGCAGCUGACAGAGUUGAUACACUGUAUGAUGUAUCAUUAUUCAGGAUUUCCAGAGCUCUAUGAACCCAUCCUGGAAGCUCUUAAGGAUAUGCCCAAACCCACCGAAGAGAAGAUUAAGCUGAUUCUCAGUCAGAGUGCCUGGACUUCUCAAUCCAGUUCUUUGCCAUCUUGUUUAUCUAGACUUUCUGGAAAAUCUGAAACUGGGAAGACUGGUCUAAUUAAUCUGGGAAAUACUUGCUACAUGAACAGUGUUAUUCAGGCACUUUUUAUGGCAACAGAUUUCAGAAGACAUGUUUUGUCUUUGAAUCUAAACGGUUGUAAUUCACUAAUGAGAAAAUUACAGCAUCUUUUUGCAUUUUUGGCCCAUACCCAGAGAGAGGCAUAUGCUCCUAGAAUCUUCUUUGAGGCUUCCAGACCACCAUGGUUCACCCCUCGAUCCCAGCAGGAUUGCUCGGAGUAUCUCAGAUUCCUACUGGACAGGCUGCAUGAGGAAGAGAGAACCUUGAAAGCAUUGUCCUCAGCCAAGACUUCUGAAAGUAUAAUGAGUGAGGAAUCCCAGACACAAGAAGCUGUCUAUAAAGCACAAGCAUUUGCUGAAGCACCUUGUAUGCGAAGUGGGGAAAGAACUCUGAUAGAGAAGAUGUUUGGAGGGAAAUUGAAGACUACUAUAUGCUGUUUGAACUGCAAAAGUAUGUCUCAAAAGGAAGAAGCUUUUACAGAUCUCUCUCUGGCUUUCUGUCCUCCAACUUCCUUGGAGAACGUUGGCCCGAAAUGUGUGGAACAUUCUGAAGUGAAAGAUGAUUACGUGGCGCAAACUAAUACUUUAGCAACUGGUCCUGCUGCAGAAACACCUCUCAACGAUUUGGAAGUAAAUGGUGGAUGUGAUGCAAUAAUGAAGGAAGGAACCAUGAAAGACGUUUCUACUGAGCCAAACUCUGAGAAUUCCGCAAACUCUGAACUCAACAAAGUUCCAGAUUAUAGGGAUAUGUCUCAGAAGCUAGAUGGUAAAAACACCCUGUCAGUUACAGACUUACUGAAUUAUUUUCUGGCACCUGAGAUCCUCAGUGGAGACAAUAAGUAUUAUUGUGAAAAGUGUGCCUCUCUGCAGAAUGCUGAGAAAACUAUGCAAAUCAUCGAGGAACCCGAAUACCUCAUUCUCACUCUUUUGAGAUUUUCAUAUGAUCCAAAGUGUCAUAUAAGGCGCAAAAUCUUGGACAAUGUGUCUCUGCCCCUUGUUUUGGAACUGCCGGUCAAAAGGGCGGCGUCCCCUCUAGGUGUAGUUUCGGGAGGUUGGUCUGUUGGUGUGGAGCUUUCUGAUAUUGGAGAGAAUCUUGCUAAAAAACUCAAGCCCUCAGGUGCUGAUGAAGCGACUUGCCCGCAACUGGUGCCCUACGUGUUAAGCUCUGUGGUGGUGCAUUCCGGUGUAUCCUCUGAAAGUGGACAUUAUUAUUCAUACGCUAGGAAUGUUACUGGUUCAGGGACUUCGGGACUCUGCCACCAGUCGUCUACAGCUCUUUCUUUAGUUUCUCCUCGGGAUAAGUUGUUGACAGAGGAGAGUCCUUGUACUGUUGUAGAAAAUGAGUUGGACACUGAGAUGCCAAGAGAAUGGUUUCUUUUCAAUGACAGCAGGGUGACAUUCACCUCAUUUCAGUCAGUCCAGAAAAUUACCAGUAGAUUUCCAAAGGACACUGCUUAUGUGCUGUUUUACAAAAAACAAAAUAGUACCUGUGGCUUCAACACCAGUUCGGCAAAUGGACUCUGGGUAAAUGGAGACCCUCCACUACAGAAAGACCUCAUGGAUGCUAUUACAAAAGAUAACAAAUUGUACUUGCAGGAACAAGAACUUAGUGCUCGAACACAGGCACUUCAGGCUGCCUCGGCCUCGUGCUCUUUCCGACCCAAUGGAUUUGAUGACAACGACCCCCCGGGAAGUUGUGGCCCCACAGGUGGAGGAGGUGGGGGGGGGUUCAGUACUGUUGGUCGAUUAGUCUUUUGACUGUGAAGACAACCUGGAGUACACUGGUUCCAAAGCAACCCCCUACUGCUGAGGACAAUUCAAAUACUGAACUUUGUCGGAUGUUGUACCAAAUUUUGAGACUUGAUCUUUGUUCAAAAGCCAAGGUCUUUCUUGGUUAUGUUUCUUUUGAAAUAAAUAAGUGCAUAAUGGAAAAAA